AUGUCUGACCGCAAAGAUGGAAAGAAGAAGCCCCUGAAUCAACCCAAGAAGCAGGCCCAGGAGAUGGACGAGGGAGAGAAGGCAUUCGAGCAGAAAGAGGGCCAGAAGACGCUGGAGGAGAUAAAAGCAAAGGCCACGGGGAAGGGCCCCCCGGCUUCAGGCGGAAUUGAGAAAUCUGGCAAAAAGUGA